UAGAUGGUUGUGAGCCAUGGAUGCUGGAAAUCGAACCUGAGUUCUCUGCAAGAGCAGUGUUCGUAACCACGGAGCCACUCCAGCCCCAAAUGUUGCACCUCUGUUCUUGCAGACUCCCAGACUCGACAACCUCACCAUGGCUCACAGGAACUGCCCAGCCUGCUCUAGCCAGCUUCAGUCGUUCUGGUUCUGGGCUGCUGAGCUGAGCUGGGUCCAGCAAGUACACACACGGAGGCUCCUCCCAGCCAUGUUUUGAAUUGGCAUGGCUUUCUCUAAUGGGAUGACCCUGGCUAAAGAGAUUAACAGCUGCGUUGUGGAUCCCACUCUUAAUCCGCAGUGUUCCGGCUCUCCCUCCUUGCCUGGGAAGGACGCAGCAGAGAGGUCGGCCAAGACGGCUCCCACUACCAUUACUGAGUUCAUGGGGAUCCUAGGCUAGGGAGGCCCCAAAGAUGGGCAACUCCCUGCAGCGUGGGCCCAUGGUGCUCUUCCUAAGGCCCUGAGUGGUCUAGCCCCUGACCUCACUCGGGUUAGGAGUGGAAGCGGAACUGUGGGAGGCUGCCUGGACCCCACUCGGUAAGCAUGGCGCUGCUCAAAGUCAAGUUUGACCAGAAGAAGCGGGUCAAGCUGGCCCAGGGGCUCUGGCUUAUGAACUGGCUGUCCGUGUUGGCCGGCAUCAUCCUCUUCAGCCUGGGGCUGUUCCUGAAGAUUGAACUCCGCAAGAGGAGCGAAGUGAUGAAUAAUUCUGAAAGCCACUUUGUACCCAACUCCCUGAUAGGGGUGGGGGUGCUGUCCUGUGUCUUCAACUCGCUGGCUGGCAAGAUCUGCUAUGACGCCCUGGACCCUGCCAAGUACGCCAAGUGGAAGCCCUGGCUGAAGCCGUACCUGGCCGUCUGCGUCCUCUUCAAUGUCCUCCUCUUCCUCGUGGCUCUCUGUUGCUUUCUGCUGCGGGGCUCCCUGGAGAGCACCCUGGCUUACGGGCUCAAGAACGGGAUGAAAUACUAUCGGGACACGGACACCCCAGGCAGAUGCUUCAUGAAGAAGACCAUCGACAUGCUUCAAAUCGAGUUCAAGUGCUGCGGCAACAACGGCUUCCGGGACUGGUUCGAGAUCCAGUGGAUCAGUAAUCGCUACCUGGACUUCUCCUCCAAGGAGGUCAAAGAAUUGAUGCUAUAAGAGCAUGCUUUUGUGCAUGUUUCACCAAAAAAUGGAGCUCUUCUUCCCACUACAAGAAAUAGAAGAGAAAACAUAAAAAAGUGAUGUUUAUAAAGCAGAAGAGAACACUGUGCAUUUAAAAUGAAUUAUUCUCAUCCUAGAACUUGGACAAGCCUCGACAAUUGCCUGACAACUUCUCCGACCAUCCACAAUAAGACAACUCAGGAGAAAAUCUGUCUUUUCUCCAAUAAUUGCUUCAAAAAAAAGCACAUUUUUAUUUUAUGUUUUAGAACAAUAUAGCAUUAUAUUACAUAAUCUUCAGUGUUAUUUUCACCUAUUUAUUUUGUUUUAUUAUGUUAUAGUAUAUUACACUAUUAUAUUAUCUUCAGUUUUUAUUUCCAUAUGUUUAUCUUGUUUUAUUAGAUUAUGUUAUAUUAUGUUAAUAUGUUAUGCUAUCUUCAGUGUUUAUUUUAUAUUUACC